UUGUGUGUGUCUACCUUCUCGUUAUUAUUAUUAUUUAAUUUAAUUUUUGUGUAUAAAUAUAUGCAUCCUCAACUACCACACAAACCAAGCUCAAGCUACUACUGCACACACCCUUUCUCUUUCUCUUUCGUUUUUUCUCUCUGUUCUUCUCAUUGUAUGGCCGCCAAUUCGAGUAGCCGAGGGAUCACCGCCUUGGGGAAGCGCGUCGCCAACAGGAUCUGGACCUCAAAAUCCCCUUCACCUCCUCCAUCUUCCAGGAAAGCAGGUGGAGGAGCAGCAUACAGCAGCAGCUCACUAUACGACAAAAACCCUGAUGAUCAGAUCCAGUCUGGACCUGUUCCAGACGAUGUGAUCCACGCCACUCAAUCCGGCAAGUACUGGGCCCCACACCCACAAACUGGGGUAUUUGGGCCUCCCGGCGACCACCUUGCUACUCCUCCGACCUCCACCACCGGCGGCGGAGAACGCCCCUUCCACUCUGAUGUGCUGGAGGAGAAGGCCUGGUUCCGCCCCACCAGUCUGGAGGACUUGGAGAAGCCUCACACUCUUCCUUGAACACCAACUGCACUCAACCGACCAACCAACCAAAACCUUUGUUUAAGACAUUAUAUUAUUAGUAAUACAAAAUAAAUAAAAGACAGACACAACACAACACUUGUCAAGGUUGUGUGAGUGAGUGAGUAAGUGGUUGGUUUUGUAAAUUUACCCACUACCUUCUAUCUAGCUACCCAUGAACCACCUUAUGCAUAAUCAUGUAUGUUUCUUCUCUCUGUUUUCAUGCUACUUUAUAUAUCACACUUAUGCCUAUGCUUUUACUCAUAAAUAUAUCGUCUCAUUUCCUCUUC